AUGGCUUCAGGCAACUCUUCAUACCUCAUUAUUGGCGCUGGUGUUUUUGGUGUGUCAACUGCCUAUCACCUCAUCCAAAAAUAUCCCAAUGCGUCGGUAACGCUGGUUGACCGCGAUGCAUACGAUGCCGAGUCCCGCGUGGCAGCAUCAUGGGAUUGGAAUAAAGUUGUUCGCGCCGAUUACGACGACAAAAUUUACUGCAGACUAGCUCUUGAGGCUCAAGAUAUUUUCAAGUCCGAUCCGCUCUGGCAGCCAUAUUUCCACCAGACUGGGGUAUACUGGACAUGUCGAAGCGACUAUGCGCAAAACGUCAUCACCCAUCACAAGGAGCUUGGUCGUCAUAACGAUAUUAUUGCCCUACCUGUUGCAGAGGCCCGGAAGCUUUACGGCGGAAUCUUUGACAAUGCUGACUACACCGGCGUCAAAGAGGUUCUCGUGAACAGAGCGAGUGGCUGGGCUGCCGCUGGGGAUGCUCUUCGAGCAGUCACGAAAAAGUGCCUGGAAUUGGGUGUCAAGUACGUGACAGCUGAUGUCACAACUUUGGAAUUCGAUGGCCGCGGCUCUUGUACUGGUGUCCAGAUCAAGUCCGGGAAGACCCUGUCGGCCACACAUGUGAUCGUUGCAGCUGGAGCUUUCACACCCACAUUGCUAGAAUGGAGUGCUGCAAAGAGUGGCAAUCCCGGCCUUAAGGCUGGAGAGAGGAUUCUGGCUGCUGGCAUUACUACUGGAAUGGCACAGCUCAGCAAGGAGCAGCUGAAGAAGUAUAAGGAUAUGCCUGUCGGCUUCCAGGGUUAUACUCCCGAAGAGGGCAAGCCUUUUAUCGGUAGUAUUCCCCCUACGAAGGAUGGAGAGCUCAAGUGGUGGGGAUCGAAGAUUUUCACAAACACUCGCGAGGUUUUGCCUGGCAGCUAUAUCUCUUCUCCACCCCCCACACACGAUUAUAACCAGUGGAAGGUUCCUGGACCUCUCAAGCAAGAUAUUGUCGAGUCUAGGAAUCUGUGGUAUGGACCCGAGAGUGCAGAUUGGGAGAUGACGAAACACCGGAUUUGCUGGGACGCUUUUACUACAACCUCUGAUUUCAUUAUUUCUCCCCACUCCGCCUCCAAGGGACUCUAUGUCGCAACCUGUGGUUCAUUCCACGGCUUCAAGUUCUUCCCUGUGCUUGGCAAGUAUAUCGCACAAAUGCUUGAGGGCGAGCUGGCGCCCGAAUUGGCAGAGAAAUGGGCUUGGGAUCGACAGCGCCCUGACUCGUCUCAAAAUGUGGAAUACCCCAACUCUGAGAUGAAGCACCUCUUGUCACCUGCGGCAAAGCUUUGA